CCCUUUAAUCAUCAAGCUCCAAACACAGCAAUACACAACCUUCCUUUGCACUUAAAACCCGAGUCCCCAGCAACAUCCCCUUCACCACAAUCAUGCAGAUGUACAGGUGUGAAGCUGAGAAAAUACAAUGCAACAACGGGGGUUCUCAGGGUUCCUACUCAUCUGACUACAAGCAUGAUGCACACAAAUCAGCUGGCUGUGUAGGUGGCCAAUCAGGCCACAACAGCCAUGCUAGCCAUGUCUCCGGACACAACGGCCAUGCCAGCCAUGUCUCGGGCCACAACGGCCAUGCCAGCCAUGUCUCGGGACACAACGGUCAUGCCAGCCAUGUCUCGGGACACAACGGCCAUGCCAGCCAUGUCUCAGGACACAAUGGCCAUGCCAGCCAUGUCUCGGGACACAACAGCCAUGCCAGCCCUGUCUCGUGCCACAAGGGUGCCAACCAUGUCUCGGGUGGCCAUGCUAGCCAUGGUUUAGUCCACCACAGCUCUGCCAAUGCCUCAAGCCACAAUGGUCAUGCCCAUGCCUCAGGCCACAAUGGUCAUGCUAGCCAUGGCUUGGUCCACCAUAGCUCUGCACAUGCCUCAAGCCACAAUGGUCAUGCCAGCCAUGGCUCGGGUCACCAGAACUCUGGCCAUGCGAGCCAUGGCUUGAUCCACCACAACUCUGGAAAUCAUGGAGGUAGCCACCACUCUUCACACCAUGUAAGUUGUGAGGUCAGUGAGAAGAAGGAAGAGCACUGCAAAUCUGGACACAUGAAGAUCAAGAAGAAAUCAUCCAAGAACUACAAGUGCAGUGAUGACAGCAGUGACAGCGACAGUGACAGUGGACACUGUGCAAAGAGGUGCUAAGCAAGCAGAACUCAGGCAACAGCCGAAGAUCGAAGUUCAGAUGCUUCUGAUAAAAUUAUAACUAUAUUUAUAAGAUUAUGAUAUUUCGCAAAUAAUGUCCACCUUUUACCAUAGCUACGCACCAUUUCAUAGGAUAUGGUAUAGUGCGUGUUAUGCAAGAAUGGAUGGCUUCCUUAUUGUACUGCUCGUUUUGCUUAUGAGUUAUCAAUGAAACAGUUUAUGAUGUGCA